AUGGUAAAUGAAUUGAAACUGCAAGAAGCGUUGAGAAAACGGGAAAAAUUCACGAAGGAGCACGAAGAGUCGAGCGAUGGUCGUUCAGCCGGUGUUUCUGGGUUAGUUGGUAAGGUACGUGGACUGAGAGAAGAUGUCCAAAGAAAAAUUUCAAGGCUGAAAAAUGAUACUGCCGAACUCCAAAGAAUGGCGGAUCAAUCCUUCCAAUGCUCAGCAAGUUCUGUUGAAAGUUUACCAAGCGGAUCUGGUUCGAGCACUCAAGCAUUAGUUAGGGCUGGCAGUAACCAUAGCUCCAUUUCCACUGAGGAACCAGAUCCAAGUCCAACAGAUCAAAUUGUGGGAAGGGCCAGAGCUUUAGUAGAUCAAACUCCGAGUCCGUAUGAUAUGGAAGCAUUAAAAUUCAAGGCUGGUGAUAUAAUAGAUAUAGUUUCAAUGAAUGCUAGCGGACAAUGGAGAGGAAUAUGCAGAGGCAAAAAGGGAACCUUCAAAUUUAUCAACGUUGAACUUCUGUCGGAGAGAUCCGUUAAACCAAAAAGAGAAAUCAAAUGGCAUCGAAAUAUAAAAGGAAAACCGGCAUCUGUGGAAGACUUGUUGCAAAAAAUGAGUUUGCAUGAGUACAUUUCUGUAUUUAUCUUAAACGGUUACGAAGAUUUAGAGCUCUUCAAAGAGAUAGAGCCAUCUGAUUUGGAUUAUCUAGGAAUAGUCAAUACAGAGCAUCGAUCGAAACUUCUCACUGCCGUACAACUUCUUCACGAAUUAGACUCAGGUAGUGAAGGAGAAAUCGCAGGCUCAAGUAGUGAGUGUGAUGAACAUCGAGGCUUAACGAGAGACACAGGUGGUUCUCCUUUCGGCAGGAGACAGUUUCCCAGAGAUUCUGGAUGCUAUGACGCAUCAGUAAAGAGCAAUCGUCAAAACCAACACACCUCUCCGCAAGGUGAAUCAGAUACAAGCGAUAGUGCUGGCUUUAGUGACACCAAAAAUAAUCUAGAUUCUGUAGUAGAACAAUGUAAUAAUGAAAUCCUCGCUAGGGUCAAACAAGCGCAGGUAAACUCUAUCAACCUGAAAGAAGAACUGUCUUACCAACCAAAUAUCUCCAACUCUGCUAGCAUUGAGCUUCAGCUGUUACAGAAAAAACCGAAAGAUUCCUAUGUGGAGCCAGCGAUUUAGGUUUGGAAACAGGAAAUGUGAAUGUGCUCGGAAGAAGUUGUCUAAGUGAGAAAUCCAGUGAUUCUGGAGUUAGC